CUGGGAAGCGAGCGGCGGGGUCUCGGGGAAGGGGCGCAGGUGGCCGCCAUCUUGGGCUGCGCUCGGGGGCUCUGAGGGAGCAGUGCCUAUCGUUCGGCUAUCCGCCGCGGACGUCGCCGCCGGGGACCCGCAGGUCAGGGUGCCGGAGAGUUCCACUCCCAUGGGAAGGAGAAUAAGUAAGCCAGGAGCAGACACCUGUCCUGUCCUUCAGACCUAAGUACUGCUUGUUAUUCCAUGGCUAGUCCAGGGAAAGAUAACUAUAGGAUGAAAAGUUAUAAGAAUAAAGCUCUGAAUCCUCAAGAGAUGCGUAGACGAAGAGAAGAAGAAGGAAUACAACUUCGAAAACAAAAAAGGGAAGAACAGCUGUUCAAGCGCAGAAAUGUCUCUUUGCCUAGAUGUGAUGAUUCUAUGCUAGAAAGUCCUAUCCAGGAUCCAGAUAUCAGCUCCACCGUACCCAUUCCAGAGGAAGAAGUUAUUACUGCAGAUAUGGUUCAGAUGAUUUUUUCUAAUAAUGCUGAGCAACAGCUAACAGCAACACAGAAAUUUAGAAAGCUGCUUUCUAAAGAACCUAAUCCCCCAAUAGAUCAAGUUAUACAAAAGCCAGGAGUUGUACAGAGAUUUGUAAAAUUUCUUGAAAGAACUGAAAAUUGCACUUUACAAUUUGAAGCUGCGUGGGCAUUAACUAAUAUAGCAUCUGGAACUUUUCUGCAUACCAAAGUAGUAAUUGAAACGGGGGCUGUUCCAAUCUUUAUUAAACUUCUUAAUUCAGAACACGAAGAUGUUCAGGAGCAAGCUGUGUGGGCACUUGGUAAUAUUGCUGGUGACAAUGCAGAAUGCCGAGAUUUUGUUUUAAAUUGUGAAAUACUUCCUCCUCUUUUAGAAUUAUUAGGAAAUUCAAACAGACUCACAACAACCAGAAAUGCUGUGUGGGCCCUCUCAAAUUUAUGUAGAGGCAAAAACCCUCCUCCAAACUUCAGUAAGGUUUCACCUUGCUUAAAUGUCCUCUCAAGAUUAUUGUUUAGCAGUGACUCAGAUGUGUUAGCAGAUGUAUGUUGGGCCCUUUCUUACCUCUCUGAUGGACCCAAUGAUAAAAUUCAAGCAGUCAUUGAUUCUGGAGUGUGUGUAAGACUGGUGGAACUUUUAAUGCACAAUGACUAUAAAGUUGUAUCACCUGCAUUAAGAGCAGUUGGUAAUAUUGUGACUGGUGAUGAUAUGCAAACACAGGUAAUUUUGAAUUGUUCUGCAUUACCCUGUCUCUUACACUUGUUGAGUAGCCCAAAGGAGUCAAUUAGAAAAGAAGCCUGUUGGACUGUUUCUAACAUUACUGCUGGAAACAGAGCUCAGAUUCAGGCUGUUAUAGAUGGAAGUAUUUUUCCUGUUUUGAUUGAGAUUCUUCAGAAAGCAGAAUUUCGCACCAGAAAAGAAGCAGCUUGGGCUAUAACUAAUGCAACAUCAGGAGGCACUCCAGAGCAAAUAAGGUAUUUGGUAGCUUUAGGUUGCAUUAAACCCCUUUGUGACCUUUUGACUGUAAUGGACUCCAAAAUAGUGCAAGUGGCUUUAAAUGGACUUGAAAAUAUAUUACGUCUUGGAGAACAAGAAUCUAAGCAGAAUGGAGUAGGCAUUAACCCAUAUUGUGCUCACAUUGAAGAAGCAUAUGGACUGGAUAAAAUUGAGUUUCUGCAAAGCCAUGAAAACCAGGAAAUUUACCAGAAAGCUUUUGAUCUGAUUGAACAUUAUUUUGGUGUAGAAGAUGAUGACUCCAGCAUUGUACCUCAGGUGGAUGAAAACCAGCAACAAUUUGUUUUUCAGCAGCAGGAAGCACCAAUGGAAGGUUUUCAACUUUAACUUGAUGGACCAUUAAAAAGUAAUGCCUAAAAGGUAGCUUAGGAUCUCUUCCAUGUUGCCAGUGUCAGAACAUGGAGGAAAAGAAUGAAUCUGAUGCACUUUUACAAGCAAAAUGAAACAAAAGUUUCCAUUCAGAUGCAACCUUUGCUUAUACGUUUUUGUUCUUUGUUUGUUUCUUGGUAAUUUGUUUUGUUAUGGCUAUAUCUGCCUUUUGUUAUUUGGAUUUUUAUAUCUUUGUGAACGAUUAAACACAUUAUGCAAUUAUUUAACUAAAGCUUGAAUAGGAGAAUUUUGAUGAAGUAUUACAUAAUGGUUCUGAAUUUUUUUCAAGUAUUCUUGGAAACUGCACAAUAACAGAUUAGCUGUCAAUAAUUGCAUUUUUGGCAGUAGUCUGACAUGCCCAAUCUACCAAAUCUACCUCUUACCUUGAAGCAAAAAUAAAAACAAAAGCUUCCGAAGCAUUGUAAAAGCUGAAUUAAAAUGUGAAAAUAUUACCUUUAAUUCUAAAUCACUGUGCUGUAGAUUGUACUUUGCAAAAAAUGAUUACAACAGAAAAUCUGCAAAAUUUAUAAAACAGAAGAAUCAGUUGUACUGAUAACUGUUAAAUGUGGCAAUUGUAAAGAGAGAAGCUGUUCUUCAUGUUGAACACAUUAAAACUACAAAACAAUUGUGUUUUUAACAUGUAAAUGCUAUUAUAUUAGUAUAUUUUCUAUUUUUCACCAAAUAUGCUACCAUUUUGAAAGUGUUUUAUUAUUUUUACAGUCUUCCUUUUGAAGAAAAUCAUGACAGAUGCUUGCUCUCAUGAAUCUAAAGUAGUGCUGCAUACCUAAAAUACUGUACCUAUAUCUCUGAUUUUUUUCAGAGCAGUAAUUGAAAAAUUUUGUUCUGUGUAUAAUGUGAACUUAAGUUACAUGAGUGACAAAACUAUCCUGAAGAAGUCACGUUAUUGUGUAUUAAAUUUUAUUAAAAGCAUUUAAUGUUUGGACUCAGUAAGUGAUGAUAUUAAUGAAAAUUGCUAAAGAUUCUUUAAUAGAAAUCUAUAUUAGAAAUGUUUUCUUUUGGUAAUAACUCAGAGGGCCACACUGCUGCUUGUUAUGAAUCAUAUGUUAGAUUGCAUUUGUAUCAGAUUGGUUAUAUAUAUAUGUGUGUGUGUUUUAUGAAUUAACAGCAAAAACCUCUUCAAACUAUAAAAAUCUAAAAGGUUUCAAUAGAAAAGUUAUAUAUAUAUUUACACAUAUGUAUGUAUGUCUUUGUUACUCUCCUGGUACUGUGCGUGGUAGAAUUUUCUAAGUAGCUGUGGUACUGUUCAACUCAAUCUUUUAAUUUAUAGUUACAUGCAGAUUAUUUACAUUUCCAAUUAUAUACCUAGAAUUCUUACUUAAAAUCUAAUUUACAGCUUGUUUUAGAUGGGAAUUAAAACAUUUUGAUAUGACUCAUAGUUUAUUCUGUAAAGAAAGAUUUCAUUUAUGAUAGCAUUUAUGUUUCUGCUGGAAAUCAGAGGCAUGAUAUGAGAGUAUAUAUAGGAAUACUUUAAAAUAGAAUUAUGCUCUGUAAAUUAUGUGUCAUGUUAAACUUUGAGUAGGCACUUAAAAUCUGCAACUAUAAAAUCCAGGUUCAGUGGUGUCUAUAAUGCUGACUUCAUCUGCCAGUCCCUUUUAUACUGCAAAAAAGAGGAUUGUGUCUGUG